CUCUCUUCCAGUCCCUGAGUGGCAUCCCUGCCUCGCUCGCCCCUCUCAGAGCUGUUGCCGCUGCUGCUGUUCGAUCGUGUUGCUUUCUGCUUCCUGAGGAGAGAGAGAGGUUUAAUGCGAUGGACCUGCUGCCCACCGACUGCUGCUACUGCUGCUGCUGCUGUUUACGCCGCGGCAUCAUGGGAGCUGUAGUUUCCACAGCAGUGAAGAAGGACAGCUGAUUAGCCGGGGAUUGUGGGUUAUCAGAGUUUAGAGAUGUGAGCUGGUGGGCGGACGAGGCUCAACAAACUCUCUCUCUCUCGUCUCUCUAUCUUUCUAUUCUCUUGCUCUCUUUUCCUAAUUCUUUUCAACCCCUUGCUCUCCCUUUUCCUCUCUCUCCUCUGCAGUUUCAUCUAAUCUCUCCAUCUUCCUGUCUCUCUUCUUUUUCUUUCUUUCUGUUCCUCUGUCUCACAAUUUGUCCCUCUUUUUUUUAACCCUUUAUUCAGCCAUUCUUCUCCCCUCUCCCUCCUCCUAACUCCUAACACGUCCGAGGAAAAGUCAGAAUGGGUUGUCGUCUCACUCGAAUCAAGGCCAAGACUCAGGAACCUUCUCGUCACCGACACAGAGAGGAGCUGCACUUUGUGGAUGAGUAUGGCCAGCCAAUCACUAUGCAGGCAGAAGGGAGAAGGGGGCGUGGUCAUAGGAGGCGGAGGUCCCGCUGCGCAAUUGAGUGCAGUGCUCCAACAGAAAGACACUGGGAAGCCCUGAGAGCCAUGGGACUGAUGGAGGGUGAAGAAGGCCAGGGAGACAGCUACAGUGCAGGGCCCUACUAUGGUCACAUGACCGUGUCACCUGACCUAUACCCUGCCAAUGGUCGCAUAAUGAUGUCGCCUGAUGUCUAUCCUCCCAAUGGUUACCUGCCUAGAUCAAACGACCAGCACCUGGGUAACAACUACCUGCCCAGUGUCUCCUACAGCUUAGAUCAUCUGGACAGACUGGACUACCAGGGUCCAGACAUGUUGCCCUACCAGCCUAACUCAGAGAGCUGUCUGAUUGGGUGCUACAGCACUGAAGAGAUGGAGCCCAAGAAUUUCCCUCGACAGUCUGAUUAUCGUCCUCCUUGGCGGCCUGAUCGUCCUCUUGGAUACCUUCCCCUCAGUGAGCUUGACAGCGGGCUGGGGUGCGGCCCUGACAGCCCACACCACCGGGUGACAUUCUCCGAGGCCGAGACAGAUGCUAUGUCAUCGCUUCCAGGCCACACCCCUUCCUCCCAAGGCUCCUCCUCUUCCUCUGAAUCCCUGAUCUCCUCUGAACCCAGCGAUUCGGGCUUCCACAGCGUCAGCACCGGGGAGCACAGGCGGUUGCACAAGAUUCACGGAAGCCACAACCACCGGCAGGCUCAUCAUCUCCGCUCAGGCCACUCCCCUCGAGAGCAGAGAGGACGCUGGGAUUUGGAGUCCAUCCCCGAGACGACUCCAAUGAAUCACGCAGGAGCACCACAGGCAUCCCGCUGCACUGUGGGUAACAGCACAACCACGACAGUUCACUUCCACAGAGCUGAGAGGAGUCCCACCUUACCUCGCCACCGCUCACCGCCGUCGCCCUCCAUUGGUUGUCGUACUGAGCCCUGCCAGCGGAGGGCACUAUGGUUGGAGCAGCAGCAGGUAGGAGGCGGGACGAUAGAAGCUCCAGGGCGCAGUCGGACAAUAACAGAUCUGAGUGAAGGACAGCGCCGCCGCAGGGCCAGUCACCCCAACAUGACGGAUCCAAACACUCUGAGAAACAAACUCCCGACCACCGAGCCAGAUACAGCCAGCAACACGCUGGGGCCGAGGAGCAGGGCCAGUUAUCCCAGUAACUGUCAACCCACCAGUCACCUCAGCAUAGACAGAACCAGUCUGACCAAUCAUCAGAACACAUUAAGAAACAGCCAAGGCGCCAAUCGGAGCAGAGAGGAGGACUCCCUCUCUAAGAGUCCUGGAUCCGGCUCCAGUGGAGCAUCAGACUUUCGUGGUUUUCAGACUCUCGGGAAUCACUCUGGCAAUAUUAAGGGGUCUUCUGUUCCUUUUUACAGCACGCUGGGCGCCCCACAACGGAGCCCUCGCUCUCCACCCUCUCCCCGCUCCAGACUGUCCAAUCAGAAGUCAGUCAGGAAUCAGCUGCUCAGAGCCCGAGCUCACCGAUUGGCUAGGGAGCGCAGUGAGGUCACGACAGAUGAGGAGAUGCGAGGAGAGGGGGAGAGAGAAGGUGAGGAAGAAGGAGAGGAUGGCCGAUUGGCAGGGCGAUACUGGAGCCGGACGGAAAGAAGACGUCACCUGGCGCUGUCACGGCAACAUAGAGAGAGGAGAGGAGGAGGGGAGGAGCAGGCUGGGGGACUUCAGGGGUCACUGUCGUCUCAGACGGUGCUGGAGCUGAGCCACAUGAAGCAGAACCGACUGAGGAACAGCAAGCUGCUCGAUGAUUGGACAACAGUUGAGGAGCUGCUGACUCAUGGGACACGCGUGGAGAGCGACAGUCAGCUCUGUCCCAGCCCUCUGUUAUCGGUUACUACUGUCUGAUUGGAAAACCUCUCAAACACAAUUUUACCAUCAGUUACCACUGACUGAUUGAAAUCUAUCACUCAGGCCCAGAUUCAUUAAAGGUUUGUGUGGUGAAAAGUGUAAACCUCUACUAAAAUUACCAAAUCAGAAAAGUUAGUAACUAUGCAGAGUAACUGCUGAAAUUGUGCCGAUCCAAUGACUCUAUCAAUUAUACUGUAUAAAUUACAUUAUUUUGAACACACACUAUGAAUAUCAAGAACAGACCAAGUUUGCAACAUUUAGCAGUACAACGCUCAUCGAAUACUGAAAAGUCGUAAAUCAGGGAUUUUUCGGAGAGACCCCAGGGGACAAACAGAUGGAAUAGGGUUUAACCAUGCAAAACAGUGGCUGUUACAACAAAAGGAAAACAUAUAGGCGACACAGAGGGUGUGCCCAAGUUUGCCAGGCACGGUAGUUUUAUUCCUAAAGCAGUUAAUCUCAGAGUCUUGUAUAGACUUUUGACAUCAUCUUAUUUACUUACAGUCAUCCAAGCCCUAUGAACAAACUUUACAGACGUCAUGAAACAAACAUACAAAGUGAUAAAAAGAGUAUCACACAGAGUAGCUAAAACCCGCUUGCUAAUUAGCCUUCAAGCUCACUGAUAAGUUUCUUGCUACAUUAGCUUGUGAAAGCAGGUAAUGCUGCGUUCAUUUCAUAUCAUUUGAACCAUAACUGUAAGCAGCCAAGUGGGAAAAACCAUUCACGUCACUUUCUGACUUGUGGGAGAUAUCAGGAAUUUCAGACAGCAACGUUACCUACCAGUUGAAAAGAACUACAGGCAAGUCAACAAAUUGUUUGCACAAUGGUUUUAAAUGCACCACUGCUGGAGGUUACAUCAAAAUAAAGACAACAUUAAUACACAGAAGUAGCUCAGACAGCUCAAACAACAGCUAACAGCAAAACAGCUAAUUUUAUAGCUAUACGCUGUUUGUUUGCAUCUGGUUUUACCUGGUAAGAAACACACAGCAAACUAACACAUAGCUCAUCAAAAGUAGCUAAUUUAGCACCAGAGCUAACCACCUGGAAUUAUGUGUGCACUCCCAAGUUGGAAUAAUUUUCCCACGCUCAUUAGCUUACUUGCUAGUGAGUUAGCUGUUUGCUAACUAACUUACUAGAUAGCCCAUUAACUAGCUUAAGGAUUUCAUUUAAUCAGUUUCACAGAGAGCCAUGUAUUUUCAAGGGAAGCUAAAGAACAAAAAUAGUUAUAGUCAGACAACAGCACAACCAGCAAAGACAAGACUACAUGUUUAAGAUAAGACAAUCUAGAGACAAAAAGAGCUUGUGUUCAAAAAACUUGUCCACAGUUUCAAGUGGACAGGUUGGUGAGGACCUGAAGGACUCAACGGCACAGUAUAUAUGCAACUGAAGAACCAGACUGUUGACUCCCAGUGGAUUUAGCAAUACUAGUUUCCCUUUCACACCUCACUCCAUACAAUCCAUGCAGUCAUAAAGUUUGGGUGGGGGGAUCCUCACAGACUAAAUCACAUAAUGAAAUUCAUAUUUCACAUAAUAAGCGGCUGCAUGUACUUAUGAAGUAAAAUUUGAGCUGUCAUGGAACUUAAAUUGCAAAACUAUGAUUAAAUUGGAUUUCCACUGCAAUCUUAGUGAAUCUGGAUCUGAGUUGAGUUAUCAUAGGAAGUGCUAACUUAAUUGCUGAUGCGUCAGACCUUGGAAGUGUCUCUUCAAAGGGGUCCAAAAUAAAAGCGAUGGGAGAAUUGAAAAACGUGGCCAAAGAUAAUAAAACUGGGACUCAGGAGGAACAUUGGUAACAGUCUAUCCCCAGAAAAGGUUGAAAUGAAAAUAAAUCAAGUAUGACAAUCUUGGAGAAACUGAUUCAAUCUAAUUUAAAGCAAUGCUAGCAUCUGACAAGAAUCUCUCAUCAAAGGCUUGCUAUAGAAAUAAGUUUUUGCAGGUAAAAGGACACUAAAGAGCUGCAUGGGCUCCAAACUCUGUAGUAUUAACAGACUCACUGGAUGGACUGAUCAGAUUCUUCACACACCAGACCGCCUGUGACUGGUAUGAAAUAUCACACCAUUGGCUGUGUUGCCUUGUGGAAAAGUGUCUUCAUCUCCUUUUCUGAUUUACUGCCUUUGUUUCUGUCUCUGUGCCAUAAAAUGUCAAGGUCGAGUCUCUGAAAUUACAAAACCGUUGGGAGGCUCUGCCCGGGUUAAGCUUGUUAGAGGAAUUCUACACCUGUAUGAUCAAUCAGCCUCUAAAUCCUCCAAGUCUGUUUCACCACACUGUUAUUUUUUAAGUAACCAUUUUCACUGGUUUUCCUGGGCAGUUUACUGUUUUAAUCUCCAUGCACUCACACAGACUUGGAGUGUAAAUAAAUCAGACUCUAUGGAGAGGUCUCACAAGUCUCCAUGCAGCACUGUGUGCAACAGGGUUUCUAUUUUAAUAGACCUCUAUUCAGUUUCUUGUCUUCUGCUGCAUUCAGUGAUUUCAGCUGUCUGACGAUGAUUUAUGCAGUAUAUCUAUUUAGCAAACGAAGGUUGGCCUGUUGUGUAAUAUGCCAUAAAUCAGAAAUCAUAUUAUCUUUAAAAGAAUAAUUAGACAUUUUGGGGAACUAUGCUUAUCCACUUUUUUGCUGAGAGUCAGAUGAAGAUUGAUAGCACUCUUGUGUUUCUGCUUUCAAUAUGAAGCCACACCCAAGAGACAGUUAGCUUAACUUAGCGGGACUGGAAGAAGGGGUAAACCUCAGCUCAUAACCCCACCAUAAAACCACAACUUCUUGUUUUUACACUUUGGUUCCUGUGUAGAUAAAACAAACAUGUUAAUUAGUGAGUUUGAAUCUGGUAACUAGAUUUUAUUUACCUUUGGAGAGAGCCAGGCUAGCUAUUUCCCCGCUCUCUAGGCUUUAUGCUAAGCUAACCAGGAUGUGCAGAUUCAUAUUUAACGGACAGAUGUGAGUGGGGCAUUGACAUUCUUAUCCAACUGUCAGCACGGAAGAAAAUAACAUGUUUUUCCAAAAUGUCAAACUAUUCCUCUAAUAUGUUUCAGCUCCUGACAUAUGUAAGAAUAUUACCAUCUGAAGUGGUAACACAAGAGAAUACACAUAACAUGAACAAUUCAUUACAUAUCUCAACAUUGAGUGCUUAGUUAUGAAAUAAGCUACCAGACAAUAGUACUUUUUCAUCUUCAAAAGACUAAAUGAGACUUUUAUCCAGCCUGUCAGAUUAUCAGUGAUGAAAUGCAGGUAGUUUUUUUUUUUUUACCCCAGAAUAUCAGAUCAGAUUUUAAAUGUAGUCUUUCAUCUGGUUCUGUCUGUGAGGAGUGGAGGAGUACUGGAUCACAACAGCAGGAGUACACUGGUCCAUUUACUCUUUAGCCUAAGUUAUGCUCACAUGCGGAUGGAUGGAUGUGUAGUUGUUUUCAUUUACACUCCGCUUGGAGGAUGUGAUCCAUACUGCAGUAGAUUAUUGUCCACGUAUUCCGUGCAUGCACACUACGGUACCCAGUGAAGCACCUGAGCAGUUUAUAUCCUUGUAGCAUGGUGGCCACACAGACAUAACAAAUUGGAGGUUACGCAGACGUCUACACCAGCCAUGUGCACGCCGAAAAUGAAAUUUAAGUCACGUUGACCCUAGUGGACGCUUGAGUAUUCACGGAUGCUGAAAGUAUAACUUUGGCUUUAGUGGGAUUACUAUGGUGGCCCCAUGAGAGCUCAGUGCACUGCAAUUUAAGAAAACACAUGCAAAUAGACAAAACACAAACAAAUUCAGAAAACAUCAUCAUCAAUUUCCCAACAUGUGUGCUGCAAAUACUCACAACAUAACGGACGUGUUUCCAGCAAACACAAAAAAGAGAUGAGGGGGCGUCCCGUGGCUCACCUGGUACAGUGCUUACCAUGGAGGUGUAGUCCUAACCGCAGCGGCACGGGCUCAAGUGGCCCUUUGCUGCAUAUCAUCCCCCGUCUCUCUCUCACUGUCACUAUUAGAAUAAAGGCAAAAAUAAAAAAGAGUUCAGCCCGGCUGGGUGCACUGUUCAAUGCUUUGUGACUUUUGAAGUUAAAAGCAUUGAACAACAAGUGUGUCUCAGCCAGGUUCAUCACUUUUUAGUGUCUCCUGGAAACACUUCUGUUGUGUUGUGAGUAUUUGCAGCUCAUGUGUUGUUUUCUGAAUUUGUUUGUGUUUUCAUGUGUUUUCUGAAGUUGUAGUGCGUUGAGCUCUCAGGGCCAUCGUAGAUUACACUCCUGACAAAUAUGAUAUCUGUUUAUGCUAUCACAAAGGCUGCUAUGAGCCAAUAUGAUUACAGGCACCUUUGGAAGAAUCUGAGAAUUGUUAAUCAGGGUUAAAUGUUAUGAUGUAAUAACGUGUCAUAUUGAAACUGUUCAAUGCAAUUUUGUUAAUUAUAAAAAAUGUCAAUUUAUUUUCAUAUUCUGUCGGGUCUGGAAGAGGUGAAAUCCUGAAGACAGGAUCACAAAGCUGGACUCAUCAAAUGAAUAUAUUUGAGGAUUUCUUUUUCUAAACCAUGUGUGUGUGUGUGCGUGUGUGUGUGUGUGUGUGUGUGUGUGUGUGUGUGUGUGUGUGUUGAAUGGCCAUGAAAGAAAUAGAAUAUAAAGUUUGAUACUAACUUGUUAGUAGUGUUUAGCCAAAGAUAUUGUAUAACUUUGGUUUGUGGACAAUCUGGAAUUAUUAUCACUGUAUGAUGUAAAAGUCUAUUUUAUAAUAUUAGUUAUCAUAUUAGUUUUUAUAUACUUUAAUUAUUUUCCCUUGAGUAGAAAAUGACUUUGGCUUUUCAGCAUCUUGCUCUGUUGGUGUCCACACGUAGAUGUUUGUGUACAAUCAACUGUUAGCAAAAACAAGAUUUGUUAUUACAGUAUAAACCUAGCAUGCUAACUCGUGAUUAGCACAGAACAUGUCCAGGUUUGCCCAAAGAAUUAUGAGUGUUAAAGUUAGUGUCAGUGUACUUUUUCCACAGACUGGACUUUUAACAAUUUGUUUGAAUUCAAGUUUAGUAACUGAAUUAGAACGACACAAAAGAGUAAUUUAAUCAAAAAGCAUUAAUAAUAUUGCGAUGUAAGAAACUAUUAGCUAGCUAAGUUGUUCUUCAUAAACAACUUCUUCAGAAUUUGAUGAUUUUUUAAUAGGAAGACUCUGGUGAUAUUCUAUGUUUUUCUUCUUGUCAACAAUCUCAAUGUGCAUAACUAAUAACUAAUUGACCUAACUAACAGGCGCUGUGUGUGUGUGUAUCUAAAGCCUGAUUUAUCUUACUGUUACCCACUGUUUCAAAAAACUAUUAAAAAACAUUAGUGAGUCACACUGUCACUGGGUGACAUGUUCCUUCAUCACCAUGAACAACACACUGUAGUUUAUUUUGAUUCAGUCCCACACGCACCAUCCUGCUGUCCCCAAUAUUAGAGCUAAAAUAUGGAUUAAGAACUGAAAAUAGUCCCCAACGAAUGCACUAUUUCCUCUGUUUGUUUGUUUGUUGGUUUAAAACUACAGUGUGCAGCUGUUUUAGGAAAUUACUGAGACCUUUUGAAAUAUUUCAACUAUAUAUUUGUGAGAUGUUUUUAAGGAUUUAUGUCUUUGGUAGGAAUAUGAGUGACUAUGUCAGUUGGAAUUGUCAUUUUUACGUUUUAUUUUCAAUGAAAAAAUAUAAAAUGAUGAUGUGGUUUCUGUUGGGGCUUGUACCAAACAAGAACGUUCCCUUACAUCUGGAAAAUAUGAUUUGUAGGCUGGGGCAUCUCUGUAGCACCACAACACUUAAUUUAUGGUCUGUUGCGACACCCUUUAUCGAUACAAUUUCUUUUAAUUGUUCAGCCGUACUGUUCACUAUUAUAUAAGUGGCCAAUUUCUGAGAGCAAACUAAAUCUCUGUGGCAUGUUCGGUACCUUCUGCUAAAACUCCCACAAGUUUACUACAGUUUAGUGCUCGAUACAGAAUAAACCUCUCUGUGUCUCGUGUUGGGAGUGGUGAAUGACAGAACCAGGGAGUGACUUUGGACACAGCGUUGGUUCUUUUCAUGAGAUUUGUUGACAACAUGAAAAAUAUAGAAUAAAACCAGCAUGGUCCUCCAUAACUGACUCCUCACAACUUAAUAUUUAGUUUUGUUUUACACGAGGAGAUGAGAGGUUAUAUUGCUGUCUGACAGUUUAAAAGUUUUAAAUCAAAUCUGAGAACUUUGCUUUUAUGACUUCAGGGUAAAUAUUGCGAAGUAAAAAUGAAAUGAAUUUCUUUUUAUUUAUUAAUGUUAUAAAAACAGUGGAGAACUUGAGAUUAUGUUUUGUGUAUCUGGUCCUCACUUUUUAAUUUUGAAUGUUGUUUCUUUAUGGGCUGUGUGCAAUAACCAGAGGUCUCAUUGUCACACAGCUGCCCGCAGUGGUCAGCUGUGAGGGACUUUGUACAACUGCACUGUAAAGUCUUGUGCUCAGGUUUGUGUGUGUGAGAGAUGUCUGGGAGGGAGUUUAUGUGUGUGAUGAGCUCAUGAUGAUACAGGAAGGGUUGUACAACUGGUCUGACAUGACAGUAUAGAUAUUUGUAUUUCUGUGUGUGUGUCCUCGCGGCUGAAUGCCUCCGCCACAUAUUUUCAGGUUACAACCCUGUUAAUCCAGAGUCAUAUAAAAUAUUAACCAUUUGUGUGUAAUUUUGUCAUAAUUGCUGUGUGAAGUCUUGAGUUAUGGCUAAAUUGCUGUUUUGUAAGGUCACAAUGACCUUUGACCUUUAACCACCAAAGUCUAGUCAGUUCGUUCUUGAGUCCAGGUGAACGUUUGUGCCAAAUUUGAAAGGAUUUCCUUGAGGCGUUCUCGAAAUAUAGCGUUCACAAGGCCAAAAUCAUGUUCUGUGGUCACUGUGAGCCUUGACCACCAAAAUCCAAUCAGUUUGUCCUUGAGUUCUAGUGAAUGUUUGUACCACAUUUGAAGAAGUUCCAACAAGGUGUUACUGAGACAUCGUGUCCACGAGAAUGGGACGGACGGACAACCCGAAAACAAUAUGCCUCUGGCUGUCGCUGGUACGGACGCAUAACAAUGUCAGUGAACUGUGCGGAUUUAAGGGUUUCAUUGCUGUGAGUUUAGCUCUGUGAAAUGGAAUUUAAAGUUUACUCCAGUCAUUUAGUUUUACACUUUAACCAUCUUUACUUUUAGACUCAAAUCUAACACACCAGUAACUGACUCCUCUUUCCGACCAUGAUGCUGAAUUAAAACCGUUUUAAAAUGUGAUUAAUUGAAAAGGAAUUUCUUUUUUUUUUUUUAACAUUUUACAGAUCCACUUUUUCCUAAUAAUUUCUUUUAAAUUUCCUUGAAAAAACAUAUAGUGUGGUUCUAAUUAAAGGAAAAAACAGAUAUGAAGUUAUUUUAAUUAGUUGAAUUUGUGAUGUUGGGAUUUAUCACUUUUCAAAUGAAUUUCCAUGAAAGAAAAAUCUCCAUUUAAACCCUAGUGAACAUUUAUUACUCAUUCAUUUAUUUUGCUGAAUUGUCCUCUGUCCUCUGAAUAGUCUCAAGGUUUACGAAUAACUGUCACUCUUCUUUCUACCUGUAAUUACACCAAAUUACUACUACUACUUCUUAGGAGAAUAUAGAAAAUAAAUUGGAGUUUUCAAAGCGAUAAAAUAAAACAUUAUAUUUAUUAAUGAGCUGUAAUUUCCAAAUAAGUUUCCUGAACUAUUAAAUUUGGUACUAAUGAUAGGGAAACAGGUGUUUUUGUUUUUACAUGUUAUUAUGAAUUACACGGUUCUUUCCAGGAAACAUCACUGGAGAUUUCUCAAAUUUUUGUUUUUAUUUAGUGACAAAACAGAAAGUGAAGUCUUGUCCCUUUGAUUAAUGAGCUGCUGAAAAGACAUACUGCUUAUAUAUACAUGAUAAAAUGGAUUUAAAAAGUCUACAUUUCUUAUCAUCAUCAUCAUCAUCAUCACAGCCCUGACACUGAUAUUUGGAAGAACAGUGAGAAUCAACAGUUAGUGUGGAUGAGACUCUGCUGCACCAAGUUCAGAAGUUCAGUUUACAGAGGACAGCUGGGGCUUAAAGUCUCGCCUAAUGCAGCUUUGGGGAAACAGAGCAUGAUGGGAACACAGACGCACAUGCUGCCUCCCAGUUCAGGGGUCUAGAUGUGUGUCUGUGGCGCUGCUCAUUGCUUCUUUGCCCGAAAUUAAAUAGUCUAACGUCAUAUAGAGCAAAGUUAGUGGAGUGUGCAGGUUCUUGUCCACUAGUGAAAUCAGAAACUGAGGUUGUACAGUACCAGUAGGUGGCCUUCAAACACAGUGGUAAAGUGAUAAACUGGGACAGUUUUGAUAAUCAGUUCAGAGUUACAAGUAUUUAGUGUGAAGAUGAACAACUGAACAAUAGCAGCAGAUUAAUAGAAAAUAUAUGAACAUGUCCAGGCUGGUGACAAGACCAAAGUUUAUGUUCAACCUCUAUUGUUUUCAUGCAGCAGUGUUUCCUGGUGUGCGAUCGUUCACUCGAACAGUAGCAACAAUAGUAAAUGGUACGGCACUGAGUGGAGAAGUCUAUUUUCUCUAAAUUCAGUUGAAAGUUUGGAGAGUUUGGAUAGGAACAUGAAACCAUGUUGUCCCUUUUAAUAACUUGUGGAGUGUCAGUGUGCAUAAUAACCAUUUUCCUUAUUUUAUUUUUCUCUCACAGCUGAAGUUCUUUUUUUUGAUUAUUACUUCUGCUGGUUUUAAUGUUAUUUUAUUCAUCAAUGUUAUCAACAAUGGCUCACCAGAUGUUAUCAACACCUUUCUUACUAUGACAAAUCUAAACUUCACCUGUGAAAAGGAUUGUUAUGACAUAUGGCUGACUAAAGCGUCACCUGAAUACCUGUUUGACUAAUAGAUGGUCCUGCAAAGAAUUCUAGGAUGCUGAGGGCUGAUGUGACUUAUGGAGCUGUGACAUUUUCAGUCCGUAAAUGAUACUUCAAAUGACAGGGCUCCUUAUAUGAGGCUCAGAUGAACAGAUAAGAAGUUAAAGGGUCAGUUCCUUAAGUUUUGAGGCUUUAAUCUGUUUUUUUUGUUUGUUUUUUUUAAAUGUGUAAUAAAUUUAAACAUGAUGAUGUUUUAAAUUCUGAACCUGCACCUGUUCAGUAAUUUUAUUUUAUUUAUUUAUUUUUUUUGUGCUGCAUUUUAUCAUAAAAUCACCAUAAACGUUGACUGACAGCACUAUGGGUUUGGAGGUAACACUUUCCAGUCUGACAGCCAUGUUGGCGCUUCAGUCCUGCUCUGUGACCGUUGCUACAGCAACCGGUGUUUCUACGGCAGCUGAUGUCUCAGCUCUUGGCCUUGUCACCAUGGUGAUGUUUUGUGGAGGACGAUGGGGCUUAUUUACAGCUAACACUCGUCAGCUGUGCAGAGAAGAGCAGCAGCAGCAGUAACAUUAAAACCACCUGGACUGACUCUGGGUGCAGAUCUGGUUCCAGCAUGUUCACCACCGUUCUGCGGAUCCUGAACCUGACUUCACCACCACACAGCCACCACAGUCCGUCUAACCAGUAGAAAGCAAUAUAUGUGAUUUAUUUUGAAAUAUAUUUUCAUGCUGUAAUAAAAUACUGAACUCCA